AAACGGAGUGACGCCGCGAUGAGAGUAAACGGGCCAGCAUCCCGGACCAGCGGGAGUCUCCACGUAACCUCCCGAGCAGGACGCUCUCCUGCGCAGGCGCAGGGUGUACGUGGGCGGGGCCUCCUCCUCAGGCAAAAAAAAACCAAGGCGCUUCCUCUUCCGAGGAGAGGCGGGGCCUCGGCGCCCGCGGGAAACCCGGGCGGUUUGCCUCCGCUAGGUGCAGCCGAAAAAAAAACAGGUUCGGGAAGGCUCGUCCUACGGCCCUGGAUUCGAAAAAAAAAACUGGGGUCGGAGACACUCUCCAGUCCACGAGCCGGGCAGCUGCUCGAGGUACUACAAAAAAAAAAGGCCGCGGCCGCGGGCCCAUCCCACGCCCCUGAUGCGUAAAAAAAAAGGGCCACGCUGCUUGUGUCUGACGGGACCUACAGUGUCCGAUGCCUGGUGACGCGGGAGGCCCUGGACACCUCGGACUGGGAGGAGAAGGAGUUCGGCUUCCGCGGGACAGAGGGCCGGAAAAAAAAACUGCAGGACUGCGGGGUUCAUAUCCAGGUCGCUGAGGGCGGCGCGCCCGCAGAGUUCUAUCUCCAGGUGGACCGCUUCAGCCUGCUGCCCAAAAAAAAACCCCGGCUACGGGUGCCUGGCUUCAGCAUGGUUCCUGAGUCCUGGCCACUCUCUUCCUGUAGGGAGCACCUUUCAGAGUCCACCUCGUCCAAUGCAGGCCUAUCACUGUCCCAGCUUCUGGAUGAAAUGCGGGAGGAUCAGGAGCAUCAGGGGGCGCUGGUGUGCCUGGCUGAAAGCUGCCUGACGCUGGAGGGCCCUUGCACAGCACCCCCACUCACCAAAAAAAAAGCCUCACGAUGCAAGGCCACGAAAAAAAAAGUGUACACUGUCCCCAGCUCAAUGCUAUGCAUCUCUGAAAAAAAAAAGCUAAUUCUGAGCUCUCUAGGCCCCUGUCAGAGGACACAGGGCCCUGAGCUGCCAAAAAAAAACCCAGCUCUGCAGGACCUAUCUCUGACCCUCAUAGCCUAAAAAAAAACACCCAGUUCCUCAGGGCUCUGCCAAAAAAAAAUCCCCUCCUCCUCAGGAACCCCAGCCUUACCCGGCCACAAAAAAAAAGAGGAAAGUGGUACCAGCAUCAGCCUUUUGCCUGCCCUGUCCUUGGCUGCUCCAGACCCAGGGCAGAGGAGCAGCUCCCAGCCCCAAAAAAAAAUCUGCUCAACCCCUGCCCCCCUGAUCCCCAGGUCCCCAAAAAAAAAACAAACCCCCAGCUCCCCACUCCAGAGCCGCACUCCCAAAAAAAAAAACCGUGGCCAUGUCCCCAGUCCACACCAGGCUCUUGUGAAAAAAAAAAAGAAACCUAGCCUGGAGUUCAAGGAGUUUGUAGGGUUGCCCUGCAAGAAUCAGCGGCCUUCUCCCAGGACCGGAGCUACCAAAGGAAAAAAAAAGCCCUGCCGUGUCUGGGAACCCCCAAAGAGGCAUCGUGAUGGUUCUGCCUUCCAAUAUGAGUAUGAGCCACCCUGCACGUCCCUCUGUGCUCAGAAAAAAAAAGCCAGGCUAAAAAAAAAGCUCAUGGCCUGGGCCUUGCACUUUCUGAUGGAUCCAGAAAAAAAAACAACUCCAAUGUGA